GCCAAAGUAGCUCGCUGAACCAAUCCACCGCAGUGCCUGGGACAGAUUGAGUAAAAGAGAGAGUGAGGGAUUUAGAGGAUGGGUAAGGGGGCUUAAGGGAAAACACACAGAGGAUAGCGAGAGAGAGAGCGACAGAGAGAGAGAGAGAGAGAGAGAGAGAGAGAGAGAGAGAGAGAGAGAGAGACUAAAAAUCCACCGAGCCUCCCGCUGUGAGGUUUCUUGACUACUGACGUGUGCGCACGACUCUCGUGGCAGGUCUAUGAGAGAGAUGAGAGUGCUGUCCGUGGUGCUGAACAAGUCUGCACGAGCCACUCAGGCGCAUCCACUUCUUUCUGCUGUGUUGCAACUCCAAUUGAUUCACACUCCUUCCUGACCACUUUGGCACAUCCUCCAGCUGCUCCGAGAUGAGUUCGUGCAGCAGCCGUGCGUUGACCAUCCUGUCCACAGUGUUUGGAGCCUGCGGGCUGCUGCUGGUGGGGGUGGCCGUGUCCACAGACUAUUGGCUGAUCAUGGUGGAGGGCAUCAUCCUACAGCAGAACCAGAGCAUGGAGGUGAAGAUGGCGCUGCAUUCAGGCCUCUGGAGAGUUUGCUUCGUGGCUGGAUCAGAAAACGGGAGAUGUGUUGCAUCAGAGUACUUCACCGAACCCGAUAUUGAGAUCACCACUGAAAACACUGCAAAUAUCCUCAAGAUGGUGCGGACAGCCACGCCCUUCCCGAUGGUGUCGCUGCUCUUUGUCUUCACGGCCUUCGUCAUCAGUAACAUCGGUCACAUCCGGCCUCAGCGCACCAUCCUGGCCUUUGUGUCCGGCAUCUUCUUCAUCCUCUCAGGCCUCAGUCUGGUGGUGGGCCUGGUGCUCUACAUCUCCAGUAUUAAUGAUGAGGUGAUGAACCGACCCAGGGAGCCCGAGCAGUUCUUCAACUACCACUAUGGCUGGUCUUUUGCCUUCGCUGCCUCUUCCUUCUUACUCAAAGAGGGGGCGGGGGUGAUGUCGGUCUAUCUGUUUAUGAAACGCUACGCAGAGGAAGAGAUGUACCGCCCCCACCCCGCACUCUACCGCCCCCGCUUGUCCGACAGCAGUGACUACAGUGGCCAGUUCCUCCACCCAGAGUCCUCCUGGCCUCCACCGAAGAGAGGUCGCAGCACCUCCGAAGCCUCCAGCGACAUCUCCAUCCAGCUCAACCAGGCACCCCCAGCACCACCCAAGAGCAAGCUCCAAGCAGCCAGCAGCCAGGGCAGCCCACCUUCUGGGUCUUCUUCCGCAGGGAGCUACCAAAUGCCCCCGCAGUCUGCUGGAUACCCCUCGCACACCCUGACCAGGUCGCACUCCUCACAUCCCCAAGGCCAGGCUCUUCCCAUGGCCAUGCCUCCAUCACCUGUACCUCCCCCUCACUAUCACACGCACAUGCACAUGAGCGCCUCCCCCUGUUAGGAAGAGGGAAGCAUUGGGGAGAUAAGGAGAGACACUGAGACUCCUCAUAAUCAUGUAUACAGUACAUUUAGAUGACGUGCGAGAGUAAAUGCUGUGCUUGGUGCACAGAUGAUGUGAGAUGAAGUGGAGGGAGGUGAUCAAACACAACAACAAAAAAAUGUAGCGUUUGGAACAGUAUGAACCGAGGACAAAGGAGAUAGAUUUAAGAGGAUUGUGGAGAUUUUACAGAAACUGUGAUGGACAGAGAAAAAUAAAAACAAGACAAGAGCGAGGCAAAAAAGAGGAAUUCAGUCUGUCAUGAUGGAAAGAGGGAAAAAAGUGUUUCCUAGAAAGACUUUAGAGGUUAGGUUGAGUGACAGAGGAGAUAUAGGGGAGGGAGAGUGAGGCAGGGAGAGCGAGGGGCUGCAGUAUAAGACGAAGAUACUGCAGUGCUGCGGGAAAUUUGUAUGCACUUGGAAAUGUACAAUGCAAAACACUGAUCACAAAGACAGAGGAUAGUUUUAUACACACGACUCAUGCCAACACAUGGACUAUGUUCCUUUUUACCAAAAGGUAAAUGUGGUAAAAUAUAUUCUUGUCUUCUUUGAAUUUCUUACAUCAUCAAUCCAGUUGCAUAACUCACAAUGUCAGAGUAGUAUAAUUAAUAUUAUUAAUUAUUAGUUAACAAUAGAGUAAUUCUGAGAUGAGAACACUGUAUGUGAAUGUUGUUAACCUUUGUAAAAGAAAAAAAAAACAGACAGAAGUGGAUGAUGUUCUGAAAUAUCAAAAGGAGAAAUCAACUUUAUGUUUUACAUAUUUGUUUAAGAUACAGAUUUCUAACUUCUUGUACAUAAAAUUGCACAUGGGGACUUCUAUAUAGCUGUUGUAAAUUAUGAAUGAAGCUUUGGCACAAGGUCACAUCAAGAAAAUGUCUGACUCAUUCUGCUUUGGAUGAAGACUCUGCAACAGGCGUACCGUAACCAACAACACACCCCCUCUGGAUGCAGCGCACGCUGGUUUAAAGGAGGAACAACCCGACGAUGAGACAGAGGUCUGAUGCCCUCUACUGGCUACUGUUCUGCACUGACCCUGGACCAGCCUCCUGGGCUCAGUACACUACUCCUUCAUGCACUCUUCCUUCCUCGCUGACCUGCACUGUGUGAUGGUGUAGCACGGAUGAGUUGAAGCUGUUGUCUAUCCAGAGGUGGAGUUAUGGUGAAUGUCAGGACUGUACAUGGAUCAAGAUAUAUGCUUAUACGCUUUAAAGACUGGUUAGAAGUAUUUUUUAAAGCUUCAGUGCUGUUUCUAUAUCUGGAAAAAAAACACAUGAUGAAAGUAUUAAUUACAUUUGCACUUACUGCUCAAAGGAUAAUACCACUGUUUGUGAAAUGCAGAUCCUCUGUUUGAUGUUACACAGACAAAGUAGAGGAUGCAGCUUUAUUUUUAGUGGUUUCUAGAGUAUCUGAAAAAUCACGUUUUCAUCUCUUGUGUUUAGGCCUGCGACUAACGAUUAUUUUAAUUAUUGGUUAAUCUGCUGAUUAUUUUCUUGAUUUAUUAGUGAAAUGUCACAAAGUGGUGAUAAAUGCCUAUUAUAAUGUCCUGCAGUUCAAGGUACUGUAUUCAGAUUGCUUGUUUUAUUCCUCCAACUUUUCAAAAUCCAAAGAAAUUGAGAUUUAUAUAAUAUAAGAAAAGGAAAAAAAUCCUCAUAUUUAAGCUGGAACUGGCAAGUAUUUUUGCAUUUUGCUUGGAUAAAUGACUAAAAUAAUGAAUCUAUUGUCAAAAUAUUGUUUUGUUGAAGGAUUUAUUGAUUAAUCAUCAAUCAUUGUAGCUCUAGAUGUGUUAUCAGCACUGUACAGAAAAGAUGUGUAAAUGUAUGUUGGAUUAUCUCAACGAAAAUUAUUCCUUCUGACAAAAUGUUGCACGUUACAGCAGAUAUUAUCCCACAUGGGUCAGAGUAGCACUUCCUCCAGCAUCACAAUGUAGCGGGCUGAACGGCGCAUUGUCGAAUGUUUUAGCCUCUACUUUGUCACGUACUUUAGACAAAUACGGUUGUAUUGUGUUUUUUUCCCCUAGAAGUAACUUAUACACUACAUA